AUGGUCAAUGGGAAUAAUCCAAAAAGUCAACGGACCCUCUUGCCAAACGUUUUAGUUUUGGAAGUAACUGGACAGCAGGCACAGUUUACUCUGCCUUGCUUGGAUUCGACGGCAGAGAUGACCAGGAAAGGCAUUCUGGUUGAGAAUAUCGUUUGGAUGGUGAACGGAGCAGACACGCGCAUAAGGGGGAACACAUUCCUUGUAUCUCUGGAGGAGAGUUUUGGAGGGGGUAACUACACCUGUUACAGCGAGGAGAGAGCACUCCUCAACCACACUCUGGUGUUGCUUCAACAAGUGGGAUCCAAAAGAGAUCUGAAUUGCACCGCUCAGAAUUACGACGGAGGCUUCCAUUGCUAUUGGAAAUAUCCCAAACAAAGCCGAUGGACGGUACCUUUGGUUAAGGCUGAACGUGUUCGUCCCAGUGUUGAGGACACCAGGUGCAUUACGAAUGCCAGUUGCAAGAGCUUCUUGCCAGUUGCAAGAGCCAUCCACUGUGACCUGGACACUGGUGGAAAUGGGAUCACCUGCCGGGAAACCUGCCCUAAACCUGAGGAGACCCAGCUACUGCGCGUCUCGGUGUGCGUCUACAGCGAGAACUUCAUUCUGGAGGAUUACUCUGUGGACUUUUACAUGAGAGACAUAGUGAAACCAGACAUGGUGAAGAUCGAGAAGGUGAAUGCAACCAUGGCCGAGUGGAGCUACCCAGAAUCCUGGAGUUCCCCCCACUCGUACUUCCCCCUGGUCUCCCAGGUGGUUGUCGGAAAGAACUGCAAAAAAUGUGGAAACUGCACGGGCCGAAACAAUGGACAGAUGGUGACAAACCACGCUCCAGGAGUGUUUCAGUUUGAGAUAAAGAAGACCAAAAUCCUGUGUGUGCGCAUCCGGGACCCCUUGUAUGCCUCUCAGUGGAGUGACUGGAGCCGUCACAGAGUUGGGAAGAAGCUGAGGAAGAAGAAGAAGACUUAA